UAAACCUCGUUUUAAAACAAAGAUGGCGCACUAGUAAAGGAUUUUUACUUGGUGCUCCAUAAUUUUCAACCUUUUAUACAUCUCUUUAUCGUACGAAUUUCAUUCAGAGCCAUUUAGUACUACUCUUAAAUCUAUUGACUAUCGUGUAGUCGAAUAUCAGCUUGACUGAGUGCGACAUUAGCUAAAAAAAUGCAAGAUGAAGUAAAGUAGUCUUCUGAAAUUAUGGAUGUGGACCAGUUUUUAACAUCGAUUUUUCCAACGCCAGAGAAAGAAAAUGUUGCAACUCCAAGGAGAUUGCUUGAAUAUAGUACGCUACAAGAACACAUCGAUGACAUUCUUAACCACUAUGAAGACACCACACAACCAGAACAAGAUCAAAGAGAAAGGGCAAUGAAUGAUGGCAGGAUUGGAGCAGAAAUAGUUGGCAUUGACAAGAACAGCCUCUGUGGAUCUAUGAAUAUCAAAGACAAUAUUGAGCUUGAAAGUCAAAGUAACUUCAGCAGUGUGAGAUCAAGUAUUUGCAUCUGCAAAGGAAAAUGGAUGUAUGAAAUUCUGCUUGGGUCUAAAGGGAUCAUGCAGCUUGGAUGGGCAACUCUGUCUUGCAACUUUACAAGUGAGGAAGGGGUUGGAGACACACCAGAUUCUUUUGCUUACGAUGGUCACAGGGUUCGUAAAUGGAAUAUGUCAACAGCCAAGUAUGGAGAGGAGUGGAUGGCAGGAGAUGUAAUUGGUUGUUCACUAGAUCUUGAUGAAGGGAAAAUAUCAUAUAGCAGAAAUGGAAAGUCUUUAGGCGUGGCUUUUGAUAACGUCAGAUAUGGACCCGGUGUUGCUUAUUUUCCUGCCGUGAGUCUGUCAUACGGCGAAUCCUGCCAGCUGAACUUUGGAGCAUAUCCAUUCAAAUUUCCGAUGGAGGGAUUCAAACCUCUUCAAGACCCUCCAACAGCUAUUGUUUCUAAAGCUACAGAGUUGAUGAACUGCUUGGAUAGAUUACUCCCUUCACCUGAUAGGGUUGCAUGCCUUCCACCAUCUCUCCAUGGCAGGUCUGAUACCCUUUCGUUUCUCACAACAGCCCAUGUGUUUGAGAAACUUGGCCCUCUGCUGACCAAAGGCUUUGUUGUUGAGAAGGUCUUGCUACCUUUUCUUCUCAAGUCUUGCUCUGGAGGUAAUCCCCUUGCAGAACAGACUGGUGUCUACAGGAUGCUUGAUCUGAUGUGGGCAUGUAUGGAGGACUUUGAGCUGGAGCCAUGUCUGGAGAACUUACUAUUUGCCCUGAUCAAAGCAUACUGGUAUCAACCAGUAACCCUUGACUUCAAACAGCAGGCCCAUUGUUUGUCUCUUGCUCUGAGUAUAUUACGCCAUCACAAGACAAGAAGAUUGUGGAUUGAGUGCAAAAUAUUCCCCCAAAAGUUCAGUUACUUUAUGCACAUUAGACCUCCAGAUGAUGACAUACUUAAUGCUGCUUUUCCAGUUGUGUGGAGAGAAAGUAAUAAUGAAACCUCUCAGUCUGCUACAGACAAAGAAGAAUAUCUAUCAGCUUGUCAAAGACUGAAAAACAAAGUACAAGUUCUGGAAGACGUUCAAGUAGAAAUGUGUAAAAUUCUGCUCCAGGAUGAUGAUCUAUCCACUAUGGGUACUAAGUCCACAAGAGCAAUGUUCCUGGAUAAAUUUAUGAAAUAUCUACAAGAAAACAUGUUGCCAACUUCAAAUUUACGUGUACAGCCAUCUACAGCAUGCGGAGGACCAGUCAUUACCUGCUUCUAUCACAGACUCAUCCAGGCCCUCAGGUGUCACUGGGACGAUAUAUCUGACCAAAGCCAUUCAUCAAGACCUAGCCAUGGUGACGUUUAUGUUCCAUUUCACAUAUUCUUUGAUGGAAGCAUUCAGUAUUGGGACAUGUCAAGAUUGGGUGGACUCGUUUCCCAUCUGAAGAAAACCAAUGACACUGCCAUCAAAGAAGAACUCAACAAACAGAAGUCUGCUGCAUUUGGCGGUAAUACUCUGGCAGAGGAGGACUGGCUACAAGACUCUUCAUUGGUCAGAAUGCUUGAUGAUGUUAUUUUGCUGUAUCAUAUUGCUGUACACAAGCAGCUCUCAAAGGUUUGUGCAGUGAGAGACAGCAUGCAGCAAAAUAUCAAGGCUCUGGAAGACAUAGAAGCUAGGAUAAAAAGAUGCCCUCCUGAGAGAGAAGAAGUGUUGGCCGAGUUGAACAGAUCAAGGUCUGUGUUUCUAGAAGAGACAACAAACUGUGCUCGGCAUAUGGCAUGGGUGUCUACCCUGAUCUUCACCAAGAGUAAGCAAGAGGACAUCCAUUGGAUGCUGCGCUGCAUUCUCAAGUCCAUAUCUAGAGGAGCCAAAAGAGGCUCUCUCUUUGAAUUUGCCCCAGAGUUUUACGUGGAAGUUGCUAUCAAUGCUUUCCAUGGUCUUCGAAACUACUUCCAUCCAACUACAAAUUUUUUUGAUUUGCCUGCUGUAUACUUGGUGUUCGUUUCUUCUCCAGAUGCAACAGGUACACUAGACAAAAUGGCAGCCUUCUUGCUCACUCAUUUUAAUGACAAAAGGAUUAUCAACCCCGAUUUACGGGAUAUUGUUAUUCAGGCAUUAGCUGCUUUUGUCUGUUAUCCUGACAGUCUUAAAGCUGUUGAGAGGAUGCCUGGAGAUCUACUUGAGAGCUCAGUGCGCUUUUUGUUGGGUGCAUAUGACAAGCGUUCAUGGGUACAGACAACAUGGAUACUAGUUAGAAUAUGGAAGGGAUGUGGGUUUGCAUUCAGGUACACCAGCUCCCAAGAUGUUUUCACAUCUUCUGCUUUUCCAGAACAAGGUCACUUAAGAGCAAGCCUGCAACCUCCUUGUCCAUCUGACGUUUUACAGAAACUGAUAUCAAAACUGUGUUUGAGUGAUGUGAAGUUGGCAGAUGAGUUUCUCAAUGGAGUGUUAAACCAACUAAACUGGGCAUUCUCGGAAUUCAUAGAAAUGCUACAAGAGAUCCAACAGGCUACAAACAGGUUAGAAAUUAGUUUGGAGAAAAGGCAGUUACGUACAUGUGCCGUGUGCUUUGACCUUACUGUUGGCCUGUUAAGGGUUCUAGAGAUGGUAUCAACUGUUACACCACAGGUGUUUACUGACUGGAAAAUGGAGUCGUCAGAACUUCACAUUGCUAGACUGUUCCAGCUGCUAACCCAGGUCCUGAAGCGCAUCACUGCCAACUCCAACCUCUUCGAAAAUGUUACCAGACUUCACCUACCAGGCCUGGAAACAGUUGAUAGAUUUCCUGUCCUUGGUGCUGUGGCUGGUAUUCUCAUCACACUGUUAUUGCAUGGCACCACUGAAAGCAAAGAACGAGCUACCUCUGCAUUACUAGCUGAGCCUGGCUUUACCAUGGAGUCAGUGGAAUUCCUUGUUGGAGGCAAAUCUUCUGUUCCUAGCAAGAAGUCACAGCAGAGUUUUUCAUUUCGUACUUUGGCUAAUAAAGAUGUCAACCAAGAAGAAGUAAAGGAAGUUGAAAACCUAGUACAUUAUCUAGAAGAACAAAGUUUACAAGUCAAACUUCACAAGCAAGAGUCUGUUGAUGUUGAAGAGUUGUGUCCUAUUUGUUAUGCUAUGAAGAUCUCAGUUAAAUUCAUGCCUUGUGGUCAUGUGUCCUGCAAGUCAUGUAUUACUCGUCACUUGAUGAAUAACAAGGAAUGCUUUUUCUGUAAGGAACUUGUAGACAGGUUUGAAGAUAUAUCCUCAGAUUCAUCAAAAUAACAGCAUCUAUCACAGAUUCUAAUCACCUGAAGCAAAAACUAGUUGUACAUAAUCACAUGUAAAGGUUAUCUUCCCAUAUUGGGAUGUAAUGAAGGUAACAUUUCAAAGGAAGUUGAAAAAACACUAAUUUUGCAGAUCAUACUGGCAAAAAAAUAAAAUAAGAUAAACAAGGAGCUUCUUCUUACAGUGCUUCCAAAUCAUGUGCAUAAAAAUAAAAUCAUAAAAUUGUUGAUGUGUCAGGGUUUUGUUGUUGGUAAUAAAGGGUGGUGUAGCGGUAGUGCACUACUUCCAGACUCUGCA